AACUUAGUGCCCCUAUUCUUCAUAUCAGUCCAUGGUGAUAUACGACGUGUUUGUGAGCUUCUGCAGUGAAGACACUGGCAACAACUUCACUGGUUUUCUUUUUCAAGCUCUCCAUCUACAUGGCAUUCAGACCAACAACGAUGAUGCAGAUCUCAGGAAAGCCGAAUCCAUACCCAUAGAAGAGUCUCGCCUUUUCAUCGUGGUCUUCUCUAAGAACUAUGCUUCCUCAACUUUGUGCUUGCAGGAACUGGCAAAGAUCUGCAAUUGCAUUGAAGCAUCAUCAAGACGUGUUCUGCCUAUUUUUUAUGAUGUUGAUCCUUCACAUGUGCGAAAGCAGAGUGGAUUUUAUGAUGAAGCCUUAUCCCAACAUGAAAAAAGGUUUCAAGAAGAUAAAGUGAAGAUGGAAGAAGUGCAAAAAUGGAGAAAAGAUCUCGAAAGUGUGGCCGGUAUCAUUGGUUCGGAUAUCCGAAAUAAGUAA